AUGGCCACCGAACGUCCCUCUCUCCUCCCCGUAGUUGGGCCGGAUGGUCUGGCCAGAGACGCUCCAGUGAUCACCUACACUGAGAAGGUGAAUCGACCUCCACUUCCUAUAUCUUGCGCUAUCCUCUUCUCUGUUGCUUCUCUGCCUGUCUUUCACGGUUUCAAUCCUAAACGUCCUGCACGGAGAAUUAACAUUCUUUUCCUUUUCACAAUCCUGUACGAUGGGGUUUUCCUCCUGGCCUAACUCGUUCAGAUCAUUGAGGAAGAACAGCUCCAAUUGAAGAGGUGAGUCUACGCUAGAACACAGCUCUCCCUCUCUAGUCCUCUGCACUCUCGUUCAUCUGGGAAGUUGAUUUGACAUCGACGGGUACGUACAAACUGCAAUGCCUAGCCGUUUGUUCGAGGGACCCAAUCAUUAUUGUUAUGAAAUUGUUCAGCGCGUGCAAUCAAUUCCAUAAUAUUUGGAACAAUUUUAUCUCUAGUACCCAGAUGGGCAAGAUUUCUACCAUCCGGAUAUUCCAUUUUUAUCUAGUCCUGUCCCCUUGGAAAACUGGUCGAAAGGUCUCACUGACGUAUCCCAUGUCUUAACAGCACUUUGAGGGCGAUGAACACCCAUUUCAGUUAUCUUUCCUCAGAACUUCUUUUUCUUUCUAUGGGAGAGUAGGGAAACACAUCAAAGGGAUUACAUUGCCCAAGCACUUCGAUAUACAUCUAAUUAGAGACGUUAUAAGAACCACCAUACUAACCUUGUGAACAAUCAGACAACCGGAAUUUUUCAAUAUCUUUGAUGCUAUUUAGAACACAAGUAUCCACCGUUACUCAUAAAUUAGCUCAAUUCUCUAUCACUCUCAUCCACGUAGGCUUCCAUUAACAAUUUGCAUUUCUCAGUUGUUUCACAAUUGUGCCUCACAACAGUGACGUGUCCAGUUUUAUUAGUAUCUUGGGAGGACAUUAUUUUUCCACAAUGCGCAGCUCUUAAGAGUGAUUUGACGAGAGAAACUGGUGAUGAGAAGUGAAGGAUGCUUCAUCCAAUUGCUGUUAUCUAAUAUUCUGCCUACAUUAAAAUUUCGGUAAGCAGGCAUCGUUAAUGAUGCUAUCAACAUGUGUUCGACUUAAGUUUCAGGGGAUCACCUUUUUGUCAGCGUAUAUAAUAACCAUCUGAAAGAAAAUGUUAGUGAUGAUCUAGCGGUUUUCUUUCCCAAUGUUAUGUAGUGGGAGAUGUACAUCAGAAUCUCGGGACAGUUGGCAUGACACACAUAGUAUCUUAAAAUUGAUGGUAAGAUGAUUGGAUGACUGGUCCACAUCUGCAUCUUUAGAGAGUUCUUCAAAGCAAGAUGGGGAAAAUUACUUGGAAGACUGAUCUAUCAUCUUAAUAAAUUAUUGUAAAAUAUUAUAAGCAUAAAUCAUUAUUUUAAUUUUCAGAUUAUGGGAUUAAUAAAAGUAUUAUAACAAUAGAUCAUUCAACAUUAUCAUUUGCUAGUGUACAGUUGUGCUCAACAACAAAUGUGUUGAAUCAUCUCAACUGACAGAUUAAAUCAGCAACGUAAGAUUGUGUUUCUUUUGUCAACACCCAGGUGACAAGGUGUCCAAGCUUCUUAUAUGACCCACCUAGCAAACUUUGCGUGUAGACUGUUUGAGUAGCUGUAGUCAACACAACAGGUGUUAUGUAGUACACCUCGUGUUUCCUAAAAACCCAGACUCGAUAGCUGAUGUAGAUACGAAACUCUGAUGCCGUAGCCCAUUGCAUCUGUAUUUGGCAAGAAAAUGUAGGGUAUAGUGAUAGUGAGUGCUCCAGGACUGGCUACACACAUCAGCCACCGUGUUUUCCUUUUCUCGUUAUGGUUCAACUAAUGCUUAGUGUCAUCAACCUGUCUUCAUCUCUUAGUUACUUUCUUCCCCAAUUCUUGUAUGUUUGGCUUCUACAAUUCAGUUUGCAUUGCCAAGACUUGACCAGACUCGGUGAAUUAUAUUGCAUUUGAGCUGGCUGUCUGCGUGCUUGAGGUGGAUGUUAAAUUUAAAAAUUUAAAUGAUUUCGUAUCUUACAAAUAAAAUGACCACUUGUUGUUUAUUCCUACGACUCUUACAUGCUUUUUGGGCCCCACCUUAUUCCUAUGAAGUGGGACUUAUUUUCAUAUAAAAAUUAAAUUUCUCAGGUAUAUCAAUGAAAAUUAUUCGAAAAUUCGGGAUGUUGAACGAGAGCUGGAAAAUCUUACAUUAGAGAUGAAACUUACAGCAGGGCCAAAGAAAGCAGGUUGGUCUCCCUUUUAGCUUUCCUCAAUCAAGUAUUAGAGCAUUCCUUGUGAUUGUUUGUACGAUAGUGGUAUCUCCUAACUUACAUUUAUUAUACUGCUUUUUCAUGUAAUAUACUCUAAGCCCUUGAGCAUUUACGAAAGAAGAUUGAGUUAUCGACUGAGAAAAUACAUGCUGCAAAGUUAAAGGAAGAGCAAGCGCGGAAGGUUUGUCAUGCUUUGGUGAACUAUUAUUUCUUGAUAGAGUUUGAAUUUCAUUUUGUCUUAAACAAGGGUGACACAAUUUUCAUUGCUCUUGUUUGCUUUACUCACGACAUUCUGCAAAAUAUAUAUUCCUUACUUUUGUCAACCUCUAAAUCAUUUUAUAUUAUUUUAUAAAAAUUCUAGUGUUCCUGUGGGUUAUGUGACUUCACAUUGCAUAGCAGUUAAUAUUAUGUAGCUCUUAUUGACUAGAUGCGAUUAUGGGAAAUGUAACUUGCUAAAGUUGUAUUUCAUGGGCACAUUUGGUAUUAUUUUUGGUUUACACUGGAAUGACCUUGGUUACUUGUUCCCAAGUCUGAGGAGUUAAUUUGAUAGAUUGCGCAGUAUGCACAAGGCCAGAAGAAAGCGCAUGGCCAGAAGUCAAAAGGUGAAGGCUGGAGUCAAGGGUGAUUGUUUCAUGUCCAACCGGUACCCCUUGAAGUCUCAUGCAUUCUGAUCCACUACUCCUCAACUAUGUACAUCCGGCAAAGCACUUAACUCCACAAAAUGCAUGAUUUGAUGGAAAACAGCUCCGCUGAUGGUUUUCAAAGCCUAUUCACUCAAUGGUGGUCGGCUAGUGACUUCUGAUUUUCAGACCAUGCGAUUCCCUUCCUCCAGUCUGAGAAAUCCUCUUACCGUCUUUCCAGAUGGCUGCUGUACUGUGCCAUCAACUAGUUCUCAUCGUUCAAUAUAAGCCAACUGAAAUUCACCCAAUCUAGAACAUCAUUUUCUCGUAAGAACAUUGACCUGGAAAGACCAAAAUCAAACCAUAAUGGUGAAUAGUUCUAGUGUUAGAAAGAUGUCCCUUUGUUCUUCUCUCACCCUUCCAUUUGACUCGAGUGCUUUGAGAUGUAAUUUUUCGCAACAGUUUUUUUUUUUUUUUUUUUUUCUAAUGGGGUUGGGCUUAUCCCGUAUUUUGUUAAAAUUGAGAUACCCUAAAUAAUCAUCAGUGCAAGCAGCUGGUGUGAUGUGAUGCAAAAGGAUUAAUGUAACCUUGCGUAGUCCAUGUAGAUGUAUAGUUCAUUAAGUGCUUUCUGAAUGUCACCAUCUGCUCUAGAGACAGGAACCAGACGCUGCAUCUAUACAUAAUUUAAUUUUUCUAGAUUCCUGACAAAAUAUGGUACCUACGGGUGUAUCUUAGGCUUGGGAAGCUGCAGCAAAGUUUGUGAAAGACGAGGAAGCAGCCAAGCAGAAGCUUUGUGACGACCUAAAUCAGCUGGUAUAUUUGUUUUCCUCUUGUGUCGAUGUCAAUCGUUCUAGACACGUUUGCACCUUUGAUUAUUUCUCCUGCUGAACCUUUUAUGACAUUAUUGGUUCUGCAUUAUCAGGUUCAAGAAAGUGCGGCCUCUCAAUUUGCGAGGUUGGAAGAGCUGAAAAAGCGUCUUGAAGCUUUGAACCCUAACCGUACUUCUAGUGAUGUCCCUGUAAGUGAAGUUCAAGUUCUAUAACAUUCCCUUGGGACAGUUUUCAUAUCGUUUUAUAUCUGUCGCUUUCAUAGCAAGUGGUCAGGAUAAUGGAACUGAGGGCUCAUCUCACGCAUUAAUGACAACAUGAAAAUAUGGGUCUAAAAGGAUUUUAGCCAAAACUUAACCACCAUAAAUAUGGAAUAGUUUGAUAUGACAGUGGCUCUUUUGAAAAGAUUCAAAUGUACUCUUAAGGGUUCGGAUGGUGGAAGCUUGAGUAAAAAAAUCAAAUUAUAACAGCCAACAAACUCAGUACGCGUAAAAUUUUCUAAGUGAAACUGAAAACCCACGCAAAUAUCUCACAUUGCGUUGUAAAUUUGAGGUUAUUGAGUUCAACAGUGCGUUUUUUAUAAAAAUAAAAAACGUAAUAUUUCGAGGUGCAUAUUUCUUUCGUGACCGAAUUUUUAUCAAGGCAGGGUUCGAGGCAAAAGAAAACCUCUUCUCAUCCCACGUUUCUUCAUUAGCAAAGUGUGAAAAGUUUUAAACGAUUUUCGUUACACUGUUUCAGAUCAAUACUUCAGUAAAUACCUUACUAAAAGUCUUAUCCGAGAGCAUUAUAUUUUCUGGACUCUUGGUCAAAAUUAAGGAAUAUUUUGAUUGGUAUUUGUCUCCGUCUGUUAGCAAUUUUCCUAUCCUUGCUUGAUGCUUGAUGCUAAUGAGUCUAAUAUAUCCAUUACUGAUAUCACAUGAAAGUAUUAAUGAAUGGGGUUAAUCUAGUAAUGCCGAGAGACAUUAACCCAAAAAAGAUGCUAUCUUUUCGUUCUCAGGAGGUUAAACCUGUUCAAGGUAAUUCAACUCCUAGCAUGGCCUCAAGUCCUGCCGCAACAAGCACCCAGGGCUCAGGUCAGCGACUGCCCGAGGAGACCCAAAAUCUUGCAUCAGGUGGUGGUGAAGUUGCCGGAAAAGGUACAACCCAGCCGCCUUCAGUUGAUGCUGAAGGGAAAGGAAGGAAAAGGGUUCCGACAUCGGGAAGAGGGAAGGGGAAUAUGAUGAUCCUGCCCAAGAGCAAAGGGUCCUCUGGCCCUGGCUGGACUGGCGCAGGUUUUGAUGUGGAUGGAAGGGCAUGA